CCCGGCCCCCGCCCCGCGCGCCCGCCUCCUCGGGAGACCCGGAGGCCGAGGCGCCAACCGGCAGGGUGGGGCCUCUUCCGACCCCGGGAGGGGGCUACGCGCGGGACCCGGCGGAGCGCUCCCGGCCUGGCCACGAGCCGGGAGCGGUCGGUUAAUGAUUUAAUCGCCCGUUUCGGGGGGGGUGGAACUGGGAUCGGCCGUUUCUAGCUCCGCCCACUCCCUGGAGCGCCCCCCAUCGGGGGCACAAAACUGCCCCCCUGCCCGGGCUGCGUCCCGGUGAGCCACUCUGCGGGCCGGGCCGCCUCCGCCCUAUGAUCUCCUCCUUAUCGCCCCCUCCGCCCGCCGGACUUCAGAUCUGACCUCAGAUCCGCCUGCUGUCUCUGGAGGGGACCCCCUCCUCCCCUCCCCCGCCGCCCCCCGGGCAAGAUGCCGAUCCUCAAGCAGCUGGUGUCCAGCUCCGUGCACUCCAAGCGCCGCUCCCGAGUGGACCUCACGGCCGAGAUGAUCAGUGCCCCGCUGGGCGACUUCCGCCACACCAUGCACGUGGGUAGGGCGGGGGACGCCUUUGGGGACACCUCCUUCCUCAACAGCAAGGCUGGGGAGCUGGACAGUGAGUCCGUGGACGAGCAGGCCGCCGCCUCCUCCAAACGCGGCCUCCUGUCCCGGAAGUUCCGGGGCAGCAAACGGUCGCAGUCAGUGAGCAGGGGGGACCGGGAGCACAGGGACGUGCUGGGCCCCCUGCGGGACUCGGCCCUCUUCGUCAAGAAUGCCAUGUCCCUGCCUCAGCUGAAUGAGAAGGAGGCCGCCGAGAAGGGCUCCAGCAAGCUGCCCAAGAGCCUGUCCUCCAGCCCCGUGAGGAAGGCCGCCGGGGAGGGCAGCCCAGAGGAGGCGGGGCCUCGGCGGAAUGGGGCCUCCGCCCCUCACUCCCCAGACCCCCUCCUCGACGAGCAGGCCUUCGGGGACCUGGCGGAUCUGCCCGUGGUACCCAAGGCCAGCUUUGGGCUGAAGCACGCCGAGUCCAUCAUGUCCUUCCACAUCGACCUGGGGCCCUCCAUGCUGGGCGACGUCCUCAGCAUCAUGGACAAGGGCGAGUGGGAACCGGAGGAGGAGGGGGAGGCCGGUUGCCAUGGUGACGAGGACCCAGCUGGCAGCCCCACCCAGGCUCCCCCGCCGGUGGCGGCAGCCCCUCCCCCGGCAAGGCAGGAAGGCGCGGGGGGCCCGGACCUGCCCGCGCUGCCCUCGCGCGCGCUGCCGGAGGAGGGCUGGGCCCCCAGCCCCGGCUCGGCCCGCAGCGGGGGCAGCAGCCACACCACGCGGGACAGCAGCUCCCUGUCCAGCUGCGCCUCGGGGGUCCUGGAGGAGCGCAGCCCCGCCUUCCGGGGGCCGGACCGGGCCCGGGCCACUCUCCCGAGGCAGCCGGACCCCGAGUUCUCCUUUAUGGACGAGGAGGAGGAGGACGAGAUCCGAGUGUGAGGCCGGCCGGAGGUGGGGGCUCUUGGCUUUGUCUCCUCCCUCUGCCCCCCAGCCCUGCAAGAUCAGCCAGGAGCCUGGCUGCGGGCCCCAGACAGACCCUGGACCUCAUGGAUAAGGGGCGCUGGCCGAGCCUGAGGGCCCUUGGAGGACUUGGAGCUGUGGCUCGGGUGCCUGACUGCUUUGCACACCCUGCCCUGCCUGAGCUCGUAGGACGGGGCUGUGUUCUCGCCGCGGGAAUUGGCUUUCCUCUCCCGGCCUCCAGUGGAUGUCCGCUGUCAACCUGAGUCCCUGCCACGUGCAGCCAUAAGUGACCGGCGGUGGCCGCCGCAAUAAACGCCCGUGGCAGGUCACAAGUCCCGGCCCCUCCCUCCCUCUAUCCCCAGCUCCUGUACGGGGAGCCCCUCGGAGGAAAGGCGGACUGAAUGUGUACACUCAACGCGACCCCUUCCGCGGGGUGAGAACAGGAUGCAGAACGGAAGGAAGGCACUUCAAGAGGGGGCCCUUGCAGGAUGACACUAGGACAGGCUGCAGCCCUUGCUCAGUCCCUCUGGGUUUGUUUGUUCUUGUUGUGUUUAAAUCUUUUUAGAGCGAUACCGGGAACCGUGUUUGUAGGCCCGCCACCAGAAGGAAAACGAAUCCUUUUAGAAAACCUUUAUACUAAGUGCUUCCAAACUUUAUUUAGAACUGUAUGGGGUGGAGGUCUGUGCGUGUCUGUCCUCGGCCCCCUCCCCCAUAGCUAUUAACGACAACAGGCAGCCAGUGUAGAAAAUUUCUGGAAAAUGAUUAUUAAAAAGAAAAUGUCAUUCCUAUGGGGGGAUAAAACCUCUUUUGACUGGGUUGUUCAACCCCCAGACUGACUACUUCCCUUUCCUUUCUCAGGCCUCUGCCAGCAGACCCCCCUUCCCCACUUCUGAGUCAGUGGUCCUGAGGGUAUAGGGUUGCCAGAUUUAGCAACAAAACAAAACAGAAAGCAGAAUGCUGAGUUAAAUUAGAGUUUCAGGCAUGCAAAGGAUAAUUUUUUAGUGUAAGUAUGCCCCAUGCCAUAUUUGUAAUACACUCAUGCUAAAAAAUUAGUUGUUGUCUUUCUGAAAUUCAGAUUUCACUCUGCACCCUUAGAACCCCACCCAAGGGGAUUGAGUGGAGGUCGGGUGCUAGCCCCCAGGAUUCACGGAUGAUGAUUUUUCUGUCCUGGCAACAGGCUGACUUACCUUCUCCUGUCGCCUUGUAGCCAGUGGAGGGAGGGGGACGGACAGUACUGCCACGGGGUCCAGCCAGGGCUGGCGGCGGGUGUAGCUGCCCUAGCCUCCUGCGUUUUGCCAGAUCUGGACUCAGACACAACCUUAGUUCUUGAAUUGGGUGCCCACUGGUUUCCAGCCAUGUAGCCCCUGCCAGCUGCUGCCCUUGAAACCCAUCUAGACAGCGGUCAGUUCCAGAUUCUAAACUGUAUAUAUUUUUUUUCCGUGAAAAUGUUAAAACAGCAAGGAAACAUUAAAAUAAAAGGCCUUACAGCA